AUGCAGUUAAUGAAAAUCUGCGUCGUCGAAGGCAAUGGUCUAUACAAAAAAGGGGCUCUAAAUUGCCCAACCUUGGAGUCACAGACAAGCAUUGAAUGCGUGUACGGUUUAGAUAGGCUAGACUGUUUGAGGAAAAUUAGAAAAGGUUUAGCUCAUUUUGCUGUGUUAUUACCAGAAGAUUUACUUGCCGCCAGGUGGAGUGGAGCUGAAAUUUUAGUCACAAGUGAACUACGCUUUCAUAACGAAUUUUUCGAAUAUCAAAUUGUUGCUGUAGUAGAUAAUGAAGCGCAUAUAAAUACUGUAAGGGAGCUGAAAGGUAGCAAGUUUUGUCAUCCUGGUCAUGGAAUUCAGAACCAUUGGACUGAAGUUUUAGCUGACUAUUUUGAAACAAAGCUAGUACCACGAGAAUGCGAAGAUGACCUAUCUUUAACUGAAUCAAAAAUCAAAGCUGUUGCUAAUUUUUUCGGGCCAUCUUGUAAAGCUGGUCCGUGGGUGUCAGAUCCAGCUGACGAUCGUGCUUUAAAAAACAAAUAUCCUUCUUUGUGUCAGCUGUGCUAUAACCCAUAUCUAUGUGGAAUUGGUGAUAAGCAUUGGGGCCGCCGAGGACCCUUGUAUUGUUUAACUAGUGGCGCAGGUGAAGUUGCAUGGGUACGACUAGAUGACGUGCGAAGCCAUUUUGGAUUUAGUGGCCUUCCACCAGAGGCGGAUCCCUCCGAUUACAGUUUUCUGUGUCCAGAUGGGCAUUUACAACCAUUAAAUACAAGAAAACCUUGUGUUUGGUUAGCCAAACCAUGGCCGGCUGUUGCUGCUCAGAGGAACGUUGCACUCAAAGUACAGGAUACUGUUGCUGGGCUUAACCAUGACAAUAUACAUGGUUGGCAAAAUGCACUACUCAUGCUCUUGGAAACAUAUCAUGUUAACGUAUCAACUCUGGAUAAUACAAUACCAGUUGAUGAUUACUUAGAUCAAGCUAUAGGAUUUCAAGAUGCGUACAGUUUACCCUCCUGCAAUCCUCCAAGGUCAAUACUGUUUUGCACAAAGUCUUUGGUGGAACUUUCCAAAUGCUCAUGGUUACAAGAAGUUGCAUCUGUUUAUGGAGUUGAACCAAAUAUACAGUGCAUGCGCGCUGAUUCAUUGGAUAAUUGCAUGAAGAAUGUACAGCAUAAAGUAUCGGAUGUAAUCGUUGUCGACCAAGACACUCGAUUGAGGGCGCAACGAGAUUAUCAACUUAAACCAAUUUUGUAUGAGUAUUCUUCAAAGCUCGAGGAUAAGUAUGUUGUUGUACCUGUAGUUCGAUCUAAAUCUAAAAUAAAAACUGGUUUUGAUCUUCAAGGAAAAACCGCCUGCUUUCCUAACUAUGAAGGUUCAGCACAUCUGUCAGUCAUUGAAACAUUAAUUAAUCAUACAAACUUCAUUGAUGAGUGCACGGAUAUUACCAGUUAUUUCUCUAAAAAGUCGUGUAAUUGGAAUAAACGAUCGCGCUGCCCUGAAAUAUACAAUGGAGAAGAAGGUGCCCUUAGAUGUCUUCUGGAAGGCAAUGGUGAUGUGGCAUUUAUGAGCUACGAAACUUUCAAACGAUUUGAAGGCAAACACAUGUUGUGGGCUCAAAGACAUAAUCCAGCCGAUUAUUCAAUAUUUUGUCCCUUCAACAAACCAGUGAAGGCAAACGCUGUUUGUUACCUGAAUUGGGUCUCAAGAGGUCAUUUAAUGAUAAGUUCAGCAACAACGAAACUACGUCAACAAGAGAUAUAUAAUUCUUUAAAAGAGAUAGACAGACUGCUUGGGAAGAAAUAUAAAACUGGAAUAGCCUCAUUCACCCUAUACGGAACAUUUGAUCGUAAAACAGAUGUCAUUUUCAGAGAUAACACCGAAUCUCUUCGAAGUCGAGUAGAAUUAUACCGUGAUAGAAAUGCUGGUUUGAUGGACACUAUUUAUUCUAAACUUGCACAUAAAAACUGUUCCCGAAAUGUUUCGUCAAAGAUUACAAUUUCUGCAACACUUCUAAUAAAUGCCAUAUUAUUCUAUAUGCACUUAUGUACACGGCCAUUAAUAUUGUCUGUAUCAGGAAUUGACUGA